AUGCCCCCCCGUGUCGGGACCCGCGCGCCGCUGGCCGCCGCCGACGCUCUUCUCCUAUCCUCGAGCAGGACCGCCGCUGCGACCAACACAUUACAGAAAUGCGCCUUCUCUACAACGCAGUGUCGUGAAAAGAGCAGCGCUGCGCGACGGAAAAUGUACUCGUGGAUCCACAGCCAGAGGGGCCAGGCUCUCGCCAACAACAGCGGCCCCGGGACGCUGACCGGCGAGCCGGACAUUCCGUUUCCCAACAAUCCGCUGUUUCGCAGCGAACCGGUGGUGAAUGACCAGACCAAGCGCUUCAUCUACCAGCGCGCUACCCAGGAGGGCGUGGCGCUCAAGGCCAUUGCGGCCGAGAUGGGCCUGGAUGUGCGUCGCGUGGCGGCCAUUGUGAGGCUCAAGGAGGCCCAGAAGCAGUGGACCAAUUCGGGCAAGAAGCUUGCUACACCAUACGCCAAGGCUGUUCAAGGCUUGCUCCCGAAAUGGGGCUACUACGCCGGCGAGAAGUCACAAACGCCGUUUGAGCCCGUAAACGACAUUCACGUGCACCGUUACACGAUGCAGCAGCUGUUUGUGCCCGUCGCCGAGUCGACCGAGUUUACGCGCGAGGACGCCGCCGCGGCGUUCUACGACAACAUGCUGUCGGUUGACAAGCGCUCCCCGCAGCGCGGCCUCAUCGAAAUGGAGCGCAAAAACGUAGCCGACAAGGGCGGCGCCUCGCGCAAGACCAACUGGCGCGCGUUCCAGGAAGCGGAGCGCCAGAGCGAAGACGAGUUUGCGGAACGUCUGGCCAAGGAGCAAGCGGCUGAGGAGGCAGCCACCACGAGGGUCAAGUCGGACCGCUACGAGUUUCGCUUUCGCGAGAUGAAUGUCGAUGACGCGGGUGCCGACGGACGCUCGCCCAAGGGUCUAGGCUGGAGGUAUGGUGCGCCGCACAUGGAUCGCAAGCGCGGCAUGAUCAAGAUUCCCAAGUCGGUGCCGUAA